AUGUACACAUGGUUGAGGUGGUUGGUUCUGGAUCUCGUGUGCCACCUAUAAACAAAAUAUUGACAGAGUUCUUCAAAAAGGAGCCUAGGCGGACAAUGAAUGCUAGUGAGUGUGUUGCCAGGGGUUGUGCAUUGCAGUGUGCAAUUCUCAGCCCAACUUUUAAAGUACGGGAGUUUCAGGUCAAUGAAAGCUUUCCUUUCUCAAUUUCUCUCCCGUGGAAAGGUCCAAGUUCUGAUGCACAGGAAAGUGGACCAGAUAAUAUGCAGAGUACCCUUGUUUUUCCCAAGGGAAAUCCCAUACCAAGUGUCAAGGCACUGACCAUCUACAGGUCAGGAACCUUUUCUAUUGAUGUUCAAUAUGAUGAUGUGGGUGGAUUGCAAACACCUGCAAAGAUCAGCACAUAUACUAUUGGACCUUUCCAAUCUACACAAACUGAAAAGGCAAAAAUUAAAGUGAAAGUUCGGUUGAAUCUCCAUGGAAUUGUAUCUGUCAAAUCUGCAACUGUAAGUCUUUAG